CUGAGCAGUGACCAAUUCUACCGACUAUUUCUACCCAACCCUUCCAUAUUCAUCUCCAUCCAGUUCAUGGAUUGUUAUGCUCAAUUGAACUGCACAAAUCUGCCUUUUUAUCUGGCCCAAGAAUUGAUAACGGGUAAGUUCUCCAAUGUUGGUCCCCACCCGGAAUUAACUUGGCAUCUCCCCCCCCCAAAUUGCCCGCUCCAGUUUAGCCUUGAUGACAACUGCCUUGUCGGUCUGACUGUCUGCGGCCGACCUUCCAUCUUCCCACCGACCUCGAGUGACUUUCGAGACCUCACUCCUCCUCCUCCUCCUCCUCCAGCUCAAUUAAAUACCCUUACCCGUCAUUCACUCUCUCUUCCAGCUACUUCCCACUCAGGCUCUUGAAAAAUCAAAGUAAUACGCUGGGAGAGAUGGUCAUUCAAAUCUACUGCCGAUGAGCUCCAUGAUCGAGGCCAGUAAUGACUGGGCACGAGAGGAUGAGCUCGACUUGGGACCAAACCACGAUGCACUCUCCCCGCCGACCCGCAACGGCAUCGCCGACCGUGUUGACUCCCAUCAGGGGUCAGUAUCGGACCCAAUGGCUUAUGUCGAGGAAGAUCUACCAGAUCUGACCACUGAGGAUCAUGCUGCCCCCGUCAAACCACUCCCUGCCACCGACCCCGAUACGACCGACCUUCCCUCUUCGCCGCGUUCCGGGCAGCCCGGUCCCCCCGAGAGUGUCGACGAGACACUCUCAAUUCCCGACGAUACCCCUUCUCUUCAUGACUCCAUCCUAUCGUCGCGAAGCAGCAGCGCAUUGGCCUUCAGAGGCUCCCCUCGACUCAGCCCCAGUCCCUCCCACCGACCAUUCGACCUUCGCUUUCAAUCUAGACUCUCUUCCGCCUCAAUCGGUAAUUUCCGAUCGCCCUCACCGUUCCUAGCGCAAUUGCACUCCCGCCAAUCUUCCGUCACUAGUCAUCUGUCUCCCGGUACCGUGGACUCGGGGCCCGACACCCCUCAGGGCCCCUGGGAUGUCGUGCGAUGGACCAGAUUAAGAAAGAUCAAUGGUCAGGCAUUCUCCGAAGCUGGAAAGCGGAACUUUGGCCAUCCGACUUGCAUGGUGGUCUCAACAUCAAUCGUGGUUGGAACUUCGAAGGGGAUAAUUCUGGUCUUUGAUUACCAGCAGAAUCUCAAGACAAUAAUUGGCCUGGGAACGAAAGCUGUCGAAUGCGGUGCGAUCACGUCCUUGGCACUUUCUGCGGACCACUCUACAGUCGCAGGAGGCCAUCAGUUAGGUGACAUUUUUACUUGGGAAAUAUCACGAUCGGCACGGCCCUUUCUGCACAUACCCCCAAUACCAGAAUCUCUGGUCGAGAACCGCCCCUCCGAUGGUCAUAUCGCGGGAUCACCUGUUAUCCAUACGGGAUUCCUGGGAACCCGACGCACUGCUCUUGUCUCUGCGGAUAAACGAGGAAUGGCAUUCUCCCAUCUUGCUACGCGUGGUAUGGGCGCCGUUGGACGGACAGUGAAAACAACUAGGAUUCUGGGCCGCUACCCCCAGGUCUACGCGGAAGGAUUUCGGCCACGAAAGCCCAGCUCAGUCCUGGGGUUUUCACCUCUUCCCUUGGGCAACGUCGCGCAGCCAACUGACUCGCUGGGCCUGGUCGCUAUGCUCACUCCCUAUCUCCUAGUUAUCGUGUCAACGACACCCGUGGCGCAAACUCAACACAAAGCGCCCCGCCCAAAAGAGCUUGCCGCUCAUGGCGCGAUGACUGGAGCGUUAGCCUGGUUCCCAGCUAUUCGUCUCAAGGGCAAAGAGAUGGAAACCUCGCGGACGAAACUGGUCUAUUGCUGGUCUAAUGUGCUAACCGUACUGGACGUAUCGGAGGUAGAAACGGAUGAACCGCCAAACAGGGAUCGACCGCCAAGCCUGGCAUUCAGGCCACGGAGCAGAUGGAAGGCAGACGAGGCUAUCGUAGCUGUGCAGUGGCUGAGUCGCUCAGUUAUGGCAGUGCUUACUAUCACGCAACAGUUGCUGAUCCUUGAAGAUCACACCAUGCGUGUCACCGAGGCGGUUGAUCUGCUCAAUCGGCGCAUCUAUCAUGUGGACUUCUUUUCUGCUCAGCUCCAUAGCUUGGUUGAACAGUUCGAUGAAGAGGACACGACAAUGCAUGGUGUAGUGGCCGAUGCAUUCUUUAUGAGUUUUCGGUCCUACAAAGGUCGCCUGUUCCUACUUGGCUACAAUGAACUUCUCAUUGGAAGUCUCUCCAACUGGGCCGAUAGGUUGCUUGCCCUCAUGGAGGCUGGUGACUUCAUUCGGGCAAUCCAAGUGGCUACCUCCUACUAUCAAGGUAGCGCCGAGAAGCUCACGAUUGGCCUUCCCGAAGAGGACGCAGUGAGGCAGCCUCUGGUACGAGAAAAGCUCCUCGAAAUGAUCUCGGCGUCGCUCAAGUAUGCUUUUGGCCGCAACGCGGAGGCGAGCAAUGAAAGACUGGAUACGACACAGCUUCAGAAGCUAGCCGAGGUUUCAAUCUCUGCCUGUGUCUGCAUGACUGAAUUGGAUUACCUCUGGGACGAUGUCUUCACUUGGUUUGAAGAGAGUGACUCGCAAGGCAUUUUCCUCGAUGCACUUGAAUCCUAUAUCGUUGAUGGGACUGUCCGCUCACUCCCUCCUACGGCUGUCAAGGCUCUGAUAAACCAUUUUGCGACGAACCACACCGCCAGCAGACUGGAAGAGAUCAUCUGCCUGCUGGAUACAGCGACCAUGGAUAUUGACCAAACCACCACUCUCUGCAAGCAGUAUAAUCUCUAUGAUGCAUUUAUCUAUGUCUGGAACCGUUGCCUUGGGGACUACGUUGGUCCCUUGCAGGAGCUUCUAGGGCUUAUACCAUCUCAGGAGGCUCUGACAAAUGGCGUUGCUGCCACUGGAAUUACACAGUAUACGAACGCCAUGAAAGUGUUUCCCUACCUCUCCUUUGUCCUUACAGGUCGGGUCUAUCCCACGGGCGAGGAUAUGCACGAGCAGGAGGCCAAUCGAGUCAAGGCCGCCUUGUACGAACAUUUGUUCUCCGGCAAUAAUACAGCCACAGGGGCAAGGAAAGCAUCCGAGACAUUUCCGGACUUGCGAAUCAUGCUGAGGUUCGACACGGCCAGCUUCAUGAGCAUGCUGAAUGAAGCUUUUGAGGACAGCUUUUUGAACGAUCAGGAACCCGACGAAGCUCCCUCGCAUGGGGUGUCGAUCAACCGGCAGUACUUGAUCAGUGUUCUGCUGCAAGUAAUGACUUCAGACUCCUUUGAUGCGUCGGGUACUAUAUGGUUAGAUAUGUUUGUUGCUCGCAAUCUGCCGAAAUAUCCUCAAUACAUUCUUCUUUCAGGCAGCACGCUUCAGCAAGUUCUGGAACGGCUUUGUCACUAUCCAGAUCCCGCCAUGGCGGAUGACUGUGAGCUAAGCGCUGAGUACUUAUUAUCGAUCUACCACCCCCCUGACCUACGGGCCAUGAUACCUCAAUUCAAGGAAGCUCGAUUCCUUCGGAUAUUGAAAUCGACUUACCGCUCGGAGAAACAAUACCCGGAACUCAUUCUGGCUUGUCUUGAAGAUCUCAAUGAGCCAGAAGCCGUCUUUAUUUGCCUGCAGGAUUAUCUUCGUCCCGGCUCCGGACUGAGCAAGAAGCAAACCCGGGAUCUUCUUGAUGUGGUCAAGCACCAUGCCGGCCAGCUUGCAGCGAUUAACGUCGAACGCGCCGCCCAGACCAUGCAUACAUUCGCGCCAGAGAUGCACGAAACUUUCCUGGAUGCUCUACGGCAGGACCCUUUCCGACAAUACCAGUACCUGACGAUUGUGAUUGGAAUCGCCCUGCAGUCUGCAAAGGAGGGCAGACCGUCCAAGCCUAUCGAGAAUUGGAUGUUAGAGCGCUACGUGCAACUUCUCUGCAAGUAUGAUUCUUCCCGAGUGGCCGAUUUUGUGGAUGAUUUGCGCAUAGGUGAUGUACGCCUAGAAGAGCUACUGCCUUCGAUGGAAGAAAGUGGCGUGGUGGACGCCGCGGUGAUUUUGUUGGCUCGUCAGGGCCAGGUUCGAGCGGCGAUGGGCCGUCUCAUCGCUCAUUUGGGGACACUGGAAUCUGGCCUGGUGGGCAUUCUGCAAAACAUGAAACACAGCCCGGAUUCUCCAGGCAUUGUGGACGCUAUCGAUCACCUUAUAGGAUCAUUAGACAAAUACACGCGGGUUGGUAUCUGGCUCUGUCGGGGCCAGACGAAAACGGCUAAGAAUUCCCGUGCGAUUGACAAGAAUGGUCUCAGCACAGGGGCCAUGGAACAGCCUCUCUACUUUGAUGAGUCUCUAUGGCUGGAUUUGAUAGAAGCCGUGGUACGCAUUGCCAGUGGCGUCUUUGGCCUGCUGCCCACAGGACUUGCAAAGACCAUCGAUGCUCCGGUGACGGCAACCUCAUCUCCUUGGAUGUCGGCCGUGCGCUCGCUGGUUCAGCAGGUCUUUACUGCCUUACUUGCCAGCACAGUGCGGAGUGGUGGAUCUUCCACGAGUGAGCGCAGCGAUAUUGCCUUCCUGCGAAUCUUGCGUGCCUUCCUCACGCGGGCUGCAAGCUGGUCGCCGUCCCUGCUUGAGCUGCGCGCAGUAUUGGCGUCGAUAUUUUCCGCGUAUACUUACGAGAAAUCCCUCCUGGCCCUCGCCAACGGAAUGCUGGAUCGGGACUUAUUUGUACACGUGGAUGAAGUAGCACGAUUGCGUCAGCGCGGCUGGCGACCACGAGGCCAGGUAUGCGAAAUCUGCCGACAGCGCAUCUGGGGACCUGGGGUCGGGCCCCAGUACUGGCAGGCCUGGGAGUCAAAACAAGCCGCGGCGCAGCAAGGCCGUCUUGCAAAACGGAUCCACGAGCAAAAUGAUCCUGCGACCGCGCGGGGGAAAGGAAAAGCGGCAGACGUAGGUCAGCCGCUACAUUUGCUCGAAGGCCAUGCGGACGCAAAUGUGGAGAAUUCCGAACCAUCCCCCGGGCCUGUCGUGAUAUUCGCUUGCCGACAUUUGUAUCAUCGUCGUUGUAUCUUGGAGGAGGAGCAUUCUGAUGCUGCUCAGACUCAUCAUCCCCGUCAAUCAUUCCGCGGUGGACCAGACUUGGAGGUGUUGUCGUGCCCGGUGUGCCCUGUACAUACAUAGUGAACGAGCGAUUUUGCAACGCGAUAAUGACCUGUUGAGUUUAACCAAUCCUACUUCUCUUUUC